AUGCGAGAGGUGGAGCGCCCAAGUGCCAGCUACAUCGUGGACAUGCAACCGCCCGCCGCCCGACUCGCCAGCGCCGCCGAAUCCAUACCAGCCAAAGCCGUCCACUCGUCGCUAAACAAAGUCAAACACCCCAUCAAUGUCGUCAAGUGGACACCCGAGGGCCGCCGCCUGCUUACCGGAUCGACGAGUGGUGAAUUCACGCUAUGGAACGGCAUGGGCUUCAAUUUCGAAACCAUCAUGCAGGCGCACGAAGCUGCUAUAAGAGCCGUCGAAUACACAUCCACCGACGACUGGCUUCUCUCCGCAGAUCAGACAGGUGUCGUCAAGUACUGGCAAACAAAUUUCAACAACGUCAAGGAAAUUCAAGCACAUACCGAAGCCGUGCGAGGUCUCUCCAUCGCACCGACCGACUCCAAGUUCGUAACAUGCGCCGACGAUACCACAUUGAAGAUUUGGGACUUUGCCUCAAGUACCGAGGAGUCAACGCUCACGGGACAUGGUUGGGAAGUAAAGUCGGUAGACUGGCAUCCACACAAGGGACUGCUAGUCUCUGGCUCAAAGGAUCAUACGGUCAAGUUCUGGGACCCACGAACAGGCCGUUGUCUUACAACACUUCAUGGACAUAAAAACCCAAUAUCAAAAACCAUGUUUGAGCCCGUUCAAGGAAACAUGCUAGCAACAUGCGCCCGUGACCAUACCGCCCGCAUCUUUGAUCUUCGAAUGAUGCGCGACGUCCUACUGCUAAAGGGGCACGAAAAAGACAUCAUUACCAUGGCCUGGCACCCCAUGCACAAAAACCUGUUAUCUACCGGUGGCGUGGACGGCAGUAUACAUCACUAUCUACUCGACGAGCAAAAUCCUCCCCCGGGAGUAGCACCCUCAAUAUCACCCUACGAUGCUGCUGACCCGCAAAACGCUCCUGCGCAGACGAUAUACCCUGCGCAUAGUUUGCAAUACGCCCACGACUUUACCGUUUGGACAAUGGAUUGGCACCCACUUGGUCACAUUCUAGCAUCUGGCUCCAAUGACCGUGUAACCCGCUUUUGGACACGCCCCCGGCCAGGAGACACAAACUAUAUCAACGACCGGUACCACAUUGGCCAAGCCGCUGCCGAAGCCCAAGGCACAUACGACCGGGGCCAAAACCGCCGCCAAAAACAAGAGGAAGAGGAGCAAGAAGCCGAAGACGAAGCAGAGGGGCUUGUCGACCAGAAACUUCCGUCUCGAUCAGGUGGCCUACCUUUUCUACCACCAGGUCUCUCGCUCCCCGGUCUCAACGCCGCACCGGAUGGAACAUCCAGCUCCCUUCCUGGCAUCGGCGGUUCCUCACAUCCUCAUCUUCCCCCACCACCGCCAUCUGGUCUCCCCUUUCCUCCACCACAACCCGGUGCACCAGGUGCCCCUCCCCUCCCUUUCACAGGCAUGGACCCCUCCCGCCUCGCACAACUCAUUUCCUCUGGCGCCUUGCCCCCGCCCCCCAUGCCUCCAGGUGCAGGUGCACCUGUGCCCAACAACAACACCAACAACAACGGCCCUCCCCCGCCCUUCCCGCCACCAAACUUCGCUUUCCCAACAGGCAUGGGUGUCCCGCCUGGUAUGCCGCCUCUACCGCCCGGUAUGCCCCCGCCACCACAUGGAUUUCCUGGAUUCCCGCCUCCACCGGGCGGUAUGGCGGGGCCGCCGCCGGGCUGGGUUCCGCCGCAGAUGGGACAGCAGUCUGCGCAGCAGCAGGGCGUGGGUGCUGCGGCGGGUGGGGAUCAGGCUGGGAUUCGGAAAAGAGCGCCGUUGCCGGAUCAGCAGGACGCGCUGAAGAUGGAGAUGACGCAGGGACGGUAUCGGAAGGCGAGGUAG